AUGGCUACGUCUUCGACAACACUGUCAUCUUCGAACGGCAACCUUACAAUACAUUCCGCGGCCAAUGUUCCGCACGCCGAUAUGGUGAAGCCAGAUGACAACCCUGUCCCUCCUCAAAAGCGCAAGAUUGAUAUUUGGACUGUUGUCCAUGCUUUCGUUCCAGCGUGGUUCACCGUCAAUAUGGGCACCGGCAUUGUUUCUAUCCUCCUUCACAACCUCCCUUACAAUGGAACUUGGUUGUAUUGGGUCUCGGUUAUCUUUUUUGUCUGA